GAUACCCCGUCAUUGGAUCGACAUUUUUCUGUUAAAUUGUUGUUUGGGAUAUUUUUCGCCGGGUAUUUUCGCUGGUGAGGGGACGGGCAGCGUUCACGAUAUUCAUGGAAAUUGACCGGGGCCGGUAUUAUCAUGUAAAACGACGCGCGUUUAUGUAAAUUCGAGGGAAUCGACGAGCCGAAGGAACGUUCCGCGCGAUUGGCCGUUAUCAUGAGGCAGAAACGAGGAGGCACGAUCGAUUAGAUGAGAGAUCUUCGCGGCCGAGGGGAUUUAAUAACGCCGCGGGACACACGCCGAAAAUGUCAAUCGACCGUGGCGAAUUACCGGCCAGCAAAGGCAGUAUCGGGCAAACGGUAACGAUGAUCGGCUGAGGCGGACCUCAGGUCGUGGAAUCGAGAGAAGAUUCCCAUGCAUGGCCUGAACCUCCCUGGAAUCCCAUGGUCGAGAGGAGAGAAGGAGCAUAACGUAGCCGUCGUCGAGGAGGGCGCUUCGGAUGCUCCGGACUGCCGACUAGGGUCGUAUGGAGGGGAAGGACGUAAUCACCACGGAAGGCACCUUGCUUCUAAAUUUCACCACUAACGCCACAAAUGACACCGACGACUUCUUUGGAGGUUUUCCUGGCAAACACUCCCGAUACACGGCCACGCAGGCAAUAAUCAUCGCCCUGGUGCUUGGUAUCAUCAUAGUCGUGACCGUGAUCGACAACAUUUUGGUCUGCGUCGCCGUGUGCCUCGUUAGGAAGCUGAGAAGACCCUGCAACUAUCUGUUGGUGAGCUUGGCAUUCAGCGAUCUCUGCGUUGCGAUUCUGGUGAUGCCGAUGGCGUUGCUCUACGAGAUCUCUGGCAAUUGGUCCUUCAGCAAAUUUAUGUGCGACCUUUGGGUUAUCUCCGACGUGCUCAGUUGCACGGCAAGCAUCCUGAACCUCUGCAUGAUCUCCGUCGAUCGAUUCUGCGCCAUAACGAAACCGCUGAAGUACGGGGUGAAGAGGACGCCGCGACGGAUGGCCUUCUACAUCGCCCUGGUUUGGUUAGGAGCAGGCUUCAUUAGCCUGCCACCAUUGCUGGCAAUGGGAAACCAAUACAUUCACUCCGAGACCGGUCCUACGCAGUGCAUGGUCUGCCAAAAUUUCUACUACCAGAUUUAUGCCACCCUGGGCAGCUUCUACAUACCCCUCUUCGUCAUGAUACAGGUCUACUACAAGAUAUUCUGCGCAGCCCGCAAGAUAGUCCUGGAGGAGAGGAGAGCACAGAGCCAUUUAGAGACUCAUUGCUACCUAGACAUAGAGCCCACGGCGCAGCUUCAUCAACCGGUCGCCUCGAACCGUCAAUUAAGCUCCGACAUACAAACCGCCCAGGGAAGUCCGCCUGUGAAGCAGCACAGAAGUUCCAGCGCCUCGACGACGAUACGAUCGAACCUUCGUGGCGAUACGCAGGAAAAUAUGACAGCGUGCAGCGUCCACGCGGUUCGAUGCUUCACAGGUGGGCCGCGAAAGAGCAACGAGUCCCAGUGCCCGAUGUUGCAGAAGCUCGACCGGUCGAUCCCCUCGUCGUCGGCUACGACCACGCCGCAAACGAAGUCGACGAUCGUCAGGAAUCAUCUGAACAGCACCUGCAGCGUGACGAACACACCCCAUCGGAAGAAGCUGAGGUUCCACUUGGCCAAGGAGAGGAAAGCCAGCACCACCCUCGGUAUCAUAAUGAGCGUGUUCACCUUCUGUUGGCUGCCGUUCUUCGUCCUGGCCCCGGUCAGGCUGUUCCUGGACGACCCGGACGCGAUACCCGCGCCCCUGUCGAGCGUGUUCCUCUGGCUGGGUUACUGCAACAGCCUCCUGAAUCCCAUCAUCUACGCGACGUCGAACAGGGAUUUUCGGAAACCGUUCCGGGAGAUCUUGUUCUUCCGAUGCAGCAAUCUGAACCACAUGAUGAGGGAGGAGUUCUAUCAGAGCCAGUACGGCGAUCCCAUCAACAAUUACGACAUCAAGACCGGCGAGAUAAACAACGUGGAGUGCCUCGAGAACCAGGACGUGGAGGCGAUCGACGUGGCCGCGAACGCCCCUAACGAGAGCUUCCUAUGAUCCGGAAGAGACUUGUUCGUUCGUCGGAAGCGGCGAUCGCUCGAGAACGCCUAAGUCCUGGAACGGACUUUGGAUCGAUCGUGAUUCACCAGUUAGAGUCCGGUCGACGGUAACUGGUCUCCGACGUCUAUCGUCGAAACGUCACAGAAACCACCACC